AUGUCUCAGACUACAAAGAGCACCACUCAGGAAAAGGGCACCCCUGCUGCCGGUGCAACCCCUGCUCCUGGCUCCAAGAGCCUUAAGACCAAAGAACCUGGAGUAGGCAACUUCAAGAUCUUCAUUUAUGAACAGGAGAACUUCCAGGGAAGAUUCCUGGAGUUUUCCACUGAGUGCAUAAACCUGUGCGACCGCAACUUCGAUAGAGUGGGCAGUGUCCGUGUGGACUGUGGACCCUGGGUCGCUUUUGAACAAGCUAAUUUCCGUGGAGAGAUGUUCAUCUUGGAGAAGGGAGAGUAUCCACGCUGGGAUUCCUGGUCCAACAGCUACAGAAGUGACCGUUUCAUGUCCUUCCGUCCAGUCUGCAUGGACAACCAGGAGCAUAAAAUCUGCCUGUUCGAACUUGCUGAAUUCCAAGGCAACAAGAUGGAGAUCACUGAGGAUGAUAUUCCCAGCCUGUGGGCUUAUGGAUUCUGUGACCGUGUGGGCAGUGUGAAGGUUCCCAGUGGCACGUGGGUUGGUUACCAAUAUCCUGGAUACAGAGGAUACCAGUACUUGUUUGAGAUGGGAGAUUACAAACACUGGAAUGAUUGGUCCGCCCAGCAGCCCCAGAUGCAGUCCAUUCGUCGCCUCAGAGACAUGCAGUGGCAUCAGAAAGGCUGCUUCCAGUUGGUUACUAAGUGAGGAAACACUCACAGCUCCGCAAGCUGAUGGAGAAG